AUGGACGACCACAUCCACCAUAUCACAGAGGUCCUCUCCACGCUCCACACUAACUCAUUCUUUAUAAAGCAGUCCAAGUGCGCUUUCGGAGUGGCCUCUAUUGAUUAUCUUGGCCAUAUCAUCGCAGCAGGCGAGCUACGCGCCGACCCGGCAAAGAUCAAGGCCAUGACAGAUUGGCCGACAUCGUCUAAUGUGAAGCAGCUUCGGGGUUUUCUAGGUUUGACCGGGUAUUAUCGACGCUUCGUCAAGAACUAUUCGCUGAUUGCUGCUCCUUUAACGGAACUAUUGAAGAAGGAUUCAUUUUUAUGGUCCGACGUCGCAGCCAACAGUUUCGAAGAGUUGAAGGCGGCGAUGAGCUCCACGUCUGUCUUGCGCCUCCCAGAGUUUUCUGAUACAUUUGUGGUCGAGCGGACGCGUCUGACCAUGGGAUCGGCGCAGUGUUAA